GUUACCGCGAGCGCCCGCUGGGAGAGGCUGGCUCUUGGCCGGCUCCGGCCCCAGCAUGGACUUCCUGGUUCUCUUCCUAUUCUACCUGGCCUUUGUACUGAUGGGUGUUGUUAUGAUCUGCAUCUGCACCAAAACCCAGCGUUUGAAAGGUCUGGUCCUGGGAGGAGCACAGAUGUGCUCCUGUGUAGUUCCGCAGCCCCUGCAGAGGGCUGUGCAGAGACUCCUCCACCACCUCUUCCACACACGCAACCAUGCCUUCGUUGUCCUGCACCUGGUCUUACAAGGGCUGGUUUAUUCUGAGUACACCUGGGAAGUAUUCAGCUACUGCCAAGGGCUGGAGUUCUCUCUGCACUACCUUCUUCUGCCAUACCUGCUGCUGACUGUGAACCUGGUUUUCUUCACACUAACUUGUUCAGCCAAUCCUGGCACCAUAACGAAAGCAAACGAAUUACUACUUCUGCAAGUCUAUGAAUUUGAUGAAAUGAUGUUUCCAAAGAAUGCAAGGUGCUUCACUUGUGACUUAAGGAAGCCAGCCCGAUCCAAACACUGCAGUGUGUGUGACUGCUGUGUGCACCGAUUCGACCAUCACUGUGUUUGGGUGAACAACUGCAUUGGGGCCUGGAAUACUAGGUACUUCCUUAUCUACCUUUCAACAUUGACAGCAUCAGCUGCUACCCUGGCUAUCCUGAGCACUGCAUUUCUGGUCCGUCUGGUAGUGGUGUCUGACCUGUACCAAAAAUCUUACAUUGAUGACCUUGGACAGUUCCAGGCUGUGGACACAUUCUUUCUUAUUCAGCACCUGUUCCUGACCUUCCCAAGGAUCAUCUUCCUGUUAGGCUUUGUCCUGGUGCUGAGCCUUCUCCUGGCCGGCUACCUGUGCUUUGUUCUAUACCUGGCUGCCACCAACCAGACCACAAAUGAGUGGUGCAGAGGAGACUGGGCCUGGUGCCAGCACUGCCCUCUUGGGGCCUGGUCUCCAUCAGCAGAGCCCCAAGUCCACCAGAACAUUCACUCCCAUGGGCUUUGGAGCAACCUUCGAGAGAUCUUUCUACCUGCUGCCCCAUGUUAUGAGAGAAAGAAGAGAUAGAAUGGGAUAUUGAAUAUUGUUUUUGAAUAUUGAAUGCUUCUAUUUAUACAUAUGAUACUUGUUUUCUAA